AUGUCUCUCCGUAAGAAAGAAGGAGAUGAACAAGCCAUGGCCUCGCUGCAGAUGGAUCAAGACACUGCCCGUCGGUUGUUCGCUGCCGGCGGGGUGCUGUUGUUGUUGGAUCUGCCGAAGCAGAGCGAAUUCGGUGUCGACUGCAACGCAUGGACAAUCGGACCAAAGUUCAAAGGCUUGAAGAUGAUACCUCCCGGUCUUCAUUUAAUUUACGUCAGCGCUGCGUCGAAAGAAGGUCACCUGGCUCCAAGAGUUGCAUUUUUUCAUAAUUUUCGAGAAAAAGAAGUACUAGUGAAAAAAUGGGACUCAAAAAAUGAAGAGCUAAUUGCUGAAGACGACUUGGAAAUCGUGAAUCGCUUUCGUUUGAACUUGUUGAACCUUGACCCCUUUCUCGCGCCCUACCCAUUUCAGAAUCAUCGUCGCUGGUAUUCUUUGUCAUACGAUCUGAAUGAACAACUAGUCGGUCGUCUGCAACCGGCAAACAAGCUCUUGUCGUCCCAGGCCGAGUUCAUCAGCAAGGAGUUCGACGAACUCGGCGAAUCGUCUAUGAAAGUCGAUCGACAACAUCCGACUAGGAUUCGUUACAGUGACAAACAGGGUUUGCCGAUAUUGUUGUACAAAGAAGGAACAGAGGUCCGUUUCACGAGCAUACCUACACCGCGGGACGACGUCUGUUCGAUCGCUGAGCGAACCGAACGCGGGGCAGACUCGAGCUAUGCUUUGCAGAGCGUGCUGGCGAGUUUUCAGAAUCCGAACGAGAUUUUGGGCGAACUUCAGUUCGCUUUCAUCUGUUUUCUGUUGGUGCACAUGUACGAAGGCUUUGAGCAGUGGAAGCUGCUAAUUCAUCUGUUGUGUAACUGCCUGAAAGACCUUGAGAAGAACGAGCGUUUGUUCCUCGAUUUCAUCAUGGUUUUGCAUUACCAACUGAAAUUCGUUCCAAAGGAACUCUUCGUGGACAUUGUGUCGAAGAACAAUUUCCUCAGUGUAGAGCUGGCGAAUUUCUUUGACAUUGUCAACGAAUGCGAGCGAUGUCCUGUAUUGAAGGAAAAAGCCAGAAAGUUUCACUGCUUUCUGAUUAAAAAUUAUCGAUGGGAUUUUAAAGUAGACGACGAUUAUAAACCUGUGAUCGUUGACAGCGAACAGCAUCACCUAUCUUGA